GGCCACUUGCGCAGACAUGGAGAGCAUCAGUGAGUCUGAUAAUAAGGGUCUCGGAGACGCUCCCCCCAGAUUAGAGUUGAUGAUGCUCAGAGAUCUGAAGUGUCAGGAUCCGUCAGUGCUCCACCAGCUCUCAAUUACCACUGCACUCUAGAAAUCUUGCACUUUUGCACUUGCAACAUCUCAUGCAAAGAUCACAGGGGUUUUCAUCACAGCGGCAUGAAGUUCUGCUUCUUAGGUACAAAAUACAAAAUCACAUUUAAACCAUCUCAGUCACUCACAGCGAAUGCUGUUAUAAAAAAUUUUUUUAAUAUCAAAACACUUUUUUUCCAGACUCAGUUUAUUGUGCAUGAAAAACUGUGAGUAUGUGGCCUUCACGUGAAGUCGGAAAUGUCAGCAGCAGGAUGUCCGUGAACCCUCCCAACAGUAAUGACGCCUGCCUCAGCAUCGUGCACAGCCUCAUGUGCCACAGGCAGGGCGGCGAAAACGAGGGCUUCGCCAAGCGUGCCAUCGAGAGCCUGGUCAAGAAACUGAAGGAGAAGAAAGACGAGCUAGACUCCCUCAUCACCGCCAUCACCACCAACGGAGUCCAUCCCAGCAAGUGCGUGACCAUCCAGAGGACGCUGGACGGACGCCUACAGGUUGCCGGUCGCAAAGGUUUUCCUCAUGUAAUCUAUGCGCGGUUGUGGCGCUGGCCCGACCUUCACAAGAAUGAGCUGAAGCAUGUGAAAUUCUGCCAGUAUGCAUUUGACCUCAAAUACGAUAAUGUCUGUGUCAACCCUUACCAUUAUGAGAGAGUGGUGUCACCAGGCAUCGUUGGUCUCAGUCUUCAAAACACGGGUCCCACUGGCAGACUGAUAAAGGAAGAGUACAGCCACGACUGCAUUCAGAUGGACGUCCCCCCAGGCCUGCCUCCUCCCCAGCAGGAUCACCAGGGGGCGAUGAAGCUCCCUCCUCCGGACCACUACGGCCAGCCACUGCCUCCUCUACAGCUGCCUUCAGAACCCAGCCGCGCGCCCCCACCAGUCACCCUUUACUCCAACAUGCCCCUCUCCCCCACCACUUCAGGCUCUAUGAUGCCGAUGCAGGGAGGUCAUGGUGAAGGCUUACUACAGAUUGCGUCUCCUCAGGGUCAGGUCAUGACCCCUACACCUCCCCCUUCCACUCCCACACAUGGACCCCCACAGACCCCCGUCCCACCCCAGCCUCCACCCAACCAGAACGGCUACAACAGCUCCAAACACUCCCAGACACAAGGCUCCUUUCACACAACCUGGACAGGCAGCAGCACAGCCUCCUACACUCCUGUAGGACCCCAGCAAAACGGACGUGGCCACCAGCCUCCUCUCCAUCACCCACACUUCUGGUCUCAACAUCACAGUUCAGCGUCUUUCCCUCCUCCAGUCUCCAACCAUCCAGGUCCUGAGUUUUGGUGUUCCAUCUCGUACUUCGAGAUGGACGUGCAGGUGGGGGAGAUGUUUAAAGUGCUGUCCAGCUGUCCGGUGGUGACGAUUGACGGGUAUGUGGACCCCUCAGGAGGUGACCGCUUCUGCCUGGGUCAGCUUAGUAAUGUGCACCGCACAGAUGCCAGUGAGCGUGCCAGGUUGCACAUAGGUAAAGGAGUGCAGCUAGAGUGUCGCGGUGAGGGCGAUGUGUGGAUGCGCUGCAUGAGCGAUCACGCCGUCUUUGUGCAGAGUUACUACCUGGACAGAGAAGCGGGUCGAGCGCCGGGAGAUGCGGUGCACAAAAUCUACCCAGGGGCCUACAUAAAGGUCUUUGACCUCAGGCAGUGCCACAGGCAGAUGCAGCAACAGGCGGCCACGGCGCAGGCGGCAGCGGCAGCACAGGCCGCAGCGGUGGCAGGAAAUAUUCCAGGACCAGGAAGUGUUGGUGGAAUCGCUCCUGCAGUCAGCCUCUCGGCAGCAGCAGGGAUCGGUGUGGAUGAUCUCCGGAGGCUGUGCAUCCUGCGCCUGAGUUUCGUGAAGGGCUGGGGUCCCGACUACCCACGGCAGAGCAUUAAGCACACCCCCUGCUGGGUGGAGGUGCAUUUGCACCGGGCGCUGCAGCUGCUGGACGAGGUGCUGCACACGAUGCCACUGGCAGACCCUGGACCAGCUAACUGAGAGCGAACAAUACACAGCAAACACUCACCACACAGAUACUGGACUCACUACAGUAAGCGUGCGAAGCGCAUUACGUGCUACAGUGCGCUUCGCACUUUUAUCAGUCGUUAGAAUCCCAGUGGAAAAAACCACAGAAAUUCACUACUCUAAAAUUCAUGUUUUUGAAAGAUAUUUCAGUGCAUUUUAUUGUUCUGUAGUGAAAUGUUGCAUUUCUUUUCGGGUGAAUCUCACUAAAACAUGUCUAGGUUAUAUUUCACUCCAGUAUUAAAAAGUAUAUUUGCUUAAAGAGAAUGAAGACUUUGUUUUGCAUCACGACUAGGGUUGCAAAAGGGUGGACAAUUUCCAAAAACUUUCCAAAAGUCUCUAAAAGAUACUGGAAAUUUACCAAAAAUGCUCUGCCCCAUUGCAACCCCAAUUGUGAUGUUAUUUUUAAUUAAUCAAGCACAUUUUUCCCACCAAAUUUUAAAUAAUUCCGAAUUCCUGCCAAUGAAGUUUAUAUUAUUAUAUUACUGUUUAUUGUAUAGUAUAUAUUGUAUAUUAUUCUGUAUACUAUAUAAUUAUUUAUGCACAAAUUGAAAAAAAUGUUUUAUUAAAUUUAGUAUAAUUUAAGGGAGGUCAAAUAAAUUAAAUAUAUAUGAGAUAACAUUUGUACAUUAUUGUAGUAUUUUUGAACAUCAUAUUUAACAGAAUAAUGAUGAUAUAUUAUAUAUCAUGAUUAUUUAAAAAAAAUACUUCAGUGAGAGUUGGGAAGAAUAUGCUUGGUUAUCAUGAAAAUAAUGCUAAAAUAAGUUUUAUUUUCUUUUUACGGAAUAUAAUUUGCUAUUAGUUUUUCUUGAUUUUAUGGUGAAAUAUGACCUGGAUAUGUUCUUGAUGGGAUUCGUGAGAUUCAUCUGUUCAAAUUAGAUGUAUAUACCUUAGCGCUACAGGUCUACUAAUGAAUGCAAGUUUACACAGGGUUGAUUGCAGAUUAAGUUCAGGGAAAUAGCUUUAUUGUUCAUAUGCCUUUCUAGCUUUGCACAUCAUGCAGUUAUACUAAGAAUAUUAGAGCUUAGUUUUGCAAUACUGGUAGAAAAGCUUCAAAUCAGUCCUUGCGAGAAUUUAAUUUAUGGGUCAAUGUCUGAACAUAAAACAAAAGGCAAGAAUAACCGCCGCUUUUGCAAUGGCCUUGGUUCCAGAAGUAUUUUUCCCAUUCAUUCACUCCAAAAGAGUUGUGAGCUACAAAAUGAAAAUCACAAAAAAUAUGCAGUUGAAUUUAAAUGAGUUUGUAUAUUAAAUAUUUGAAGUUUAUUGCAAAAUAUUUGUUCAAAUACUGGAAUCUCUGGAGAAAAUGAAUGUUGUUUUUACUUCUGGAGCCAUGAUCUGUUACUCUCUGGAAUCACACAAACACACAAAGACGACACAAAUGAGGAAGAGACUGUUCAACCUCCAUAAACUCAGAAUAUCUUGAGAUCCACGGGUUUGGUAGCACUAAAUGCUUCAGAGCAAAUGUACGUGGUUGUGUUGGCGCUGGUCACUUCAGGAAGCGUUGGAAAGGACCAGCUGAUGUAGAUGCAAACCUGCCUCUGAGAGACAAACUGAAGCAGACAGAAAACAGGACAAACUGUCAAAACAAAAAACGCUCAUCAUCUCUGUGCUCGUGCUGUGUUCCUCUACAUGUGGACCUCAACUCAGCUAUGACGCGGCUUACUAUCCAGGCAUCUUAUUAGUUAGACUUGCAAUAGCCUUUCAGCUCCUUUAUUUUCAUACCAAAAAAAAAGAAGAAAAAAAAUUGUUCAGCUUUAAAAUGGUGGUAUAUUAGUAUUGUGACGCAGUUCGGUGUUUGUAACCAAAUCAUUUGCCAUGUGGUGUAACUCACCAAAGCCAGAUUACCUCAUGAUAAUCAAGCAUGAACCCAGUGGAUUUUUCUUUAUGCCAAAAUGUGUCUGGAAUCUUCUACUUUCUGGACGUCAUGCUCACCUCAUACUUUAACCAAAACAAAACAGGGCGUGUCUUGAACCGAAUGUAGAGCCUUGAUGCACCGACUGACCGAUUUCAAACAACGGGUUUUUGCCAACACCAGUUACUCAGCUUUAGCAUUUAAUCUCAACCAGAAACUCACAUCUGGAUUGUGACCAAAUUUCAGCCCCAUACCACUACAACCUUUUGCAAACGGGUAGAACAUCUAAACUUCAAACCUUAAGCAAUGAACUUUAUUGUUUUGCUGCCUUCUCAAAUUGAAAUGUCUAUAUUUUACUGUACACUGACAGGAAAUUAUGCAUAUAUUAAAAGACCCUUCAUUUUGGUUUAUUUAAUAUGUACAUCCAGUACAAAUGCAACUGAAAUCUAAUAGUAAAAGUGCAACUUUUACUUUUCAUUAUAGAAUGUUAAAGUCAACAUGAAAUCAAGAUUCAUCCUGGUGACUUUCUUAACACGUGUUCCUGAUCUCAUUGUGCAUGAAGACUGAAAAUUCAGCUUUGACACCACAGGAAUAAAUUUCACUUUCAAACAUGUUUGAAUAGAAAACAGUUAUUCUGAAUUGUAAAAAUAUUUCAGGGGCUCCAGGGGCUAAAAUGGUAAUGGAAGAAAAUAUGAGAUGGGAGGAACAAUUAUAUUCUUGCAAAAGUUUUGUGUUCCACCUAGAAACUCUCACAAAAGUUUUGCAAUCUCAUAACAUAUUUGCAUAUUUUUUGCACAACAAUUUGGAAAAUAUUGCAAUCACUCUUAAAAAAAAAAGUGACAUUUGUGACGUCACAACAUUUGUCGUCUCUUAUAAAACAUGCAGUCUCUCAAAAUAUUUGUGAUCUCGUAAAACAUUUGUGAUCUCCUGUAAAAACAAUUGCGUUUUCUUGCAAAAAUAUGUAAUCUCGUAAACAUUUGUUAUGUUGCACAAUAUUUGCCGUUCUCAUAAAUUUUGCAGUAUCUCGCAAAAUAUUUCUAUAUAUCUCGUGAUCUCGUAAAUAAUUUGCAAUUUGGCACACAUAAUUGUGAUCUCAUAAAACAGUUGCGAUCUGUUGCACAACAUUUGUGGUGCACAACAUUGGCAAUCUCAUAAACUAUUUGCAAUCUCUCAUAAAACAAUUGGAUUUCUCACAAAAAUUUGCAAUCUUGUAAACAUUUGCUAUGUUGCACCAUAUCUGUCAGAACAUUGCAAAAUAUUACGUCUUGAAAAUUGUGCGAUCUCUCGCAAAAUAUUUGCGAUCUCGUAAAAACAUUUGUGAUCUGUUGAACAUUUGGAAUGUUACACAAAAUUUGCAUUCUCGUAAAUCAUUUGCGAUUUGUCACACAACAUUUGUGAAUUCGUAAAGGAUUCGCGAUGUCUCAUAAAAUAAUGCUCUGCAUCAUAUUUGUCAUAUAAUAUUGCAAAAUAUUAUGUCUCUCAUAAAUUGUGCAAUCUCUCGCAAAAUAUAAUAUAUAAUAAUAUUUCGUAAGAGUGAUCUUUUGUAAAACAUCUGUGACCUCGUAAAUUUUUGUGAUAUCUUGCACAACAUUUGCCAUCUCUUGGUAAAUAUUUGUGAUCUCCCAUAAAAAACUUGUGAUCUCAUAAAACAUUUGUGAGAUUUGUUGUCUUUCGUAAAACGAGCAUAAAAUAUUUGCAAUCUCAUAAAAACAAUUGCGUUUCUUGCAAAAAUGUGCAAUCUCAUUUGCUAUCUUGCACAAUAUUUGCUGUGCAGUGUCUCGCAUAACAUUUGUGAUCUGUUUAACAUUUGCAAUGUCUUGCACAAUAUUUUUGAUCUUGUAAAUCAUUUGCAAUUUGUCACACAACAUUUGCAAAUUCGUAAAACAUCUCAUAAAAUAAUUCUGAUUUCUCACAAAAAUUUGCAAUCUCAUGCACAAUAUUUGCCAUCUCAUAAAUCAUGCAGUCUAUUAUAAAAUAUUUGCGAUCUCAUAAAGCAUGAGCAAUCUCUCGUAACACAUUUGCGAUGUCACAAUUUUUGCUGUCUCUUAAAACAUUUGCAGUCUCAUAAAUAUUUGCAAUCUCAUAAAACAUUUCUCGUAAAACAUUUGCAAUCUCUUGCACAACAUUUGCAAUCGUAUAAAUAAUUUGUGAUUUGUGACACGUUUGCGAUCUCUCGCACAGCAUUUGCAGUCUCGUAAAAUAUUAGCAAUCUCUUGUAAAACAUUUGCAAUGUCACACAAUAUUUGCCAUCUCUCACAAAAUAAUUGUGAUCUCAUAAAACAUUUGAGAUCUCUCACACAACAUUGGCAAUCUCAUAAAAUAUUUCCAAACUUUUAAAAUAAUUGUGAUUUCUUGAAAACAUUUGCCAUCUCUCAUUAAACAUUUUCGUUCUCAAAAGUAAUGCGUUCCUCAGAGAAACUUUGCAUUCUCUCAAAACAUUUGCUUUGUCUUGCAACAGUAUUGCAUUCCCCAAAAAUACUUUGCAUUCGCUCACAAACAUAUGCAAUGUCAAAAUAUUUGCCAUGUCAUAAAACAUUUGGGAUUUGUCACGCAACAUUUGCAGUCUCGUAAAAUAUUUGCAAUCUCAUAAAACAAAUGCAAAACUUUUGCAAUGUCAAACGUAAAACGUGCAAUCUCUCGCAACAUAAUUGUGAUCUCAUAUAACAUUUGCGAUCUGUCGCACAUCAUUUUUUCGCAAUAUUUUUUUAAUAUUUGCAAUCUCUCGUAAAACAUUUGUGAUGUCACACAAAAUUUGCCAUCUCAUAAAAUGUGCAAUCUCUCUAAAAAUAUUUGCACUCUCAUAAAACAUUUACGAUCUGUCUUGCAACAUUUACAAUCUUGUAAAAUAUUUUCAAACUCAUAAAAUAAUUUUCUCGCAAAACAUUUGCGAUCUCUCGUUAAACAUUGUUCCAUAGUGUUCCACAGAGAAACUCCCAUUCUCAAAUAUUUGCAUUGUAGUAUAGCAUUACCUUAGUAUUGCAUUUUUCUCCCAUCUCGUAUUAUUUCCAUCACAAAACUCGUAAAAAUUUAGGAGAGAAUGCAAAAGCAUUUCUCCCAUCAGCAUGUCCCUAUAGGGCCUCCAUAGUUUUACUGCAUUUUUGAUCAAAUAAAUGCAGACUUCUUUUAAAAACAUUACCAUCCCCAAACUUUUGAACAACAUUGAAUACGACGCCCAUUCUUACUACAGAAAAAUGUUGCAUUACAAGAGAAAAUGCUUUGCAAGUGCCAUUUCAUGUUGACUUUAAUCACAUCCUCGUUAUUUUCAGUGCUUGAAGUAUUAUUUGUCGCAACUUAAGCAAAACUAUUCAGUAGAGGAUUGUAUGAUGUUCUGCAUUCCCAGUAUUUUUUCCAUAGUAAUAAUCUUUGUGCCUUUCCUUUGUGUUCAUAGACAGAUUCUGCAAUUACUAAAAAGCCCUUCCUAGUUGUUCUCACGUUGAUUAUGAACAUCGCAAACCUAUUGGUCUAAAAUGCUCCAGUAGUUUAAAGCAAUGAAGUACGUCAGGGAUGUUUCAGUCGUCUUACAGUCGAGUUUUCAGGUUUCGUUUUGACCCCACAUUUGUAAAUUGGGCGACGCAAAAGAUGCAAACUCUUCACCUGCAGGGUUGUUCACAUCGGCUCAGGUCACGUUGAGAAUUACGAGCCUUUCGGGAAUUUAUCGUAAAGCAUAAUGCCUUGUUUUCUUUCUUUUCCUUGACCGUCGGUUGCUAUAAAACAUGAAAUUUAGAUGUCAGGUAUACUCAUUGUUUGAAUGAGUGCCUUUGUGCUGUACUUCAUCGGAUACGUGUUACAUAUACAUACACUGCAGAUUAAAUGCUAAUUACGGUAAAGCUGUAGUUUUAAUACAGAUUUCAAAGGCACUUUGCAAUGUACGCAAUCAGUGUUGAGUUAUCUUGAAACCAGUAUGCUAUCUUGAGGUCAUUUUGGGUGAUAUAGAUUUAAGCUCUCGCAUUACACAUCAGAUACACACCGCGGUGGUGUAAAAACAUAUUUGUUGUAUUUAAAGAUAGAAACCUUUAUAAAAUAGACAUAGGCGGUCUAAAUGUCAUUAGCAACUUCAGUGCAUAGCUUGCUUAGACUUACAGGUAUGAUUCCAAACAUUUCAUAGGUUUUUGCCAAUAUUACAUGGUUCUCUGUCAUUUUAUGGUUUAUUUAGCCUUAAAAAAUGAAAAUGUAUUACAAUCGAGCCCACGUGUCAUCGUGACAGACGUACAGUUACUAUUUCCAUUGUAGGGUAACUUCACUUUACUUCUCCCUCGUUAGCUACUGUGUUCUGCACUGUAAUUUAGAUUUUCAUUCACUGUAUCAAAGGUUUAGAAAUGACUUUUUGUUCAAGUCCAAAGGAUGACUUUUUUUUUUUUUUUCUUGAAAAUAUGUGGCCUAGCCCCUUGUUACACUUUAGAACAUGUGUGUUUUCACUGAUGGACGCAUACUGUGUUGUGUAAGGAUACUACAUGAUGAAAACCAACAUGUGUGUCAGUAACAUGACAAUCACCCAACUGGAAGUCAGAUCAACAGCAUUCCAUAUAUGAAAACUGUUUCUUACAAGUAUUUAUCAGUAUGUUAUCCAGUGUGAAUAUAUUUGAAUUGACUAUUUUAUUGAUAUUGUCAUUUCAAUUCUUGUUGUUAUUAUAAUUAUUCUAUUGUUAAAGGACAUUCUGCUCCUGUAUGUUGACUGUACACCAAAGUAAAAAAAAAUCAUUUUGAUACA